ACCAUUUCCGUUCUAACCCUAGAACAGUUUCUGUGUCUCUCUCUCAGUUGAUCUCUUCUGCUCCCCCUUCUGCUUCAACUAUUAUACCGACAUGCCUCCUAGUACUUCUCCUCUCUCCAACUCGAAGCUCGGAUAACCUACUCGAGGCAGUUAUAUUCAGGCAAAGUCAUGUAUCUUGCUUGAAGGGAGUUCGUGUUCUUCAUAUAUAUUCUUCACUGCGGUGGAUCGAUUGUUGCGUCGACUCAGGUUCCUGUUUGACUCGAACUGAUUUGAGGAUUAAACAAAGAAGAAAAAUCAUAUAUUUGGGAGGGUGCAAUGCAGAUGAUAUAUUUCAGAGGUGAAGAAGGAAUCCGCAGUGACAAUCCGAAUAACGGGCGCUUGUCACCCAUGCCAUCCGGCCUGUGGUGGACCGGCUUUGGAUCUCAUCAGGCAGCUCAGGUCGAAUCUCCACCACCACAAUUGAAGUCUUCGAAAUCUAACAAAGGACAUGUGGCCGGUCAGUUCACCAUCCAUUCUGGGGACUGCAAAGAUCUGAUGCCGGAACAUCGUCUCAAGCCAGCAAUUGCCCAGCAUGCGACUUGUGCAAAGUAUCAAAGCAUAGAUCCCUGGUAUGGUGUCUUCUCGGCUUAUGGACCUCAUUUGUCGGGCGGCAUUAUGCUUCCAUUGAGUUCGGCAGCAUCUGAUGGACUGGUAAUAUAUGUAAACCCGAAGCAAUAUCCUGCUAUUAUUAGGCGUCGUGAAUCUCGUGCAAAGGCAGAGCAGGAGAACCGACUUUCAAGGGUCAGAAAGCCCUAUAUGCAUGAGUCCCGGCACCUUCAUGCUAAGCGCCGACCCAGGGGAUGUGGCGGUCGCUUCUUGGACACAAAGAGUUCCAAUCCCAACAACCCAGAAGGGGAGACUGAAAAGAAGAAAUCCUUCGAACGGUAUCAUUCUAGUUCUCAGAGUUCGGAGGUUCUGCAGUCCGAGAACAGAACACUUAACUCGUCAUGGAGAGGAACAGACAGCAGCAGGGCAAGUCUCUCCGGCUACAACGAGGUCACGAGCAUGUACUCUGGGAGGGAUACUGUCGUCAAUCAUACUCAUUGGCCCUUCCACUUUCCCAGUAUCUCGAAAGGAAAAGUCUAAAUAAUGGCAAUGGAAGUGGGAAACCCCAUCCUAGAAGCAACCAGAUGGCGAAGCUCGGUCCAUGACUGGUUUCAGUUCCUUGGAUUGUCCUUCAUUUGGUUGUUUGAUAGGCAAAUCAUCCUUGGCUCAUCGCGCUGAGGUACUCUCGAUCCCUUGAAGGGUUGAAGUAUCCUCAGUGCACUAAUAAGAAAAAGAGACAGUACUGGUGUGAGAGAUGUAUCUGUUUGUAGAGAGAGGUCUAGACAGGUGUUUGCCGUGAAAUAGAGACAGUAGUGGUGUGAGAGAUGUAUCUGUCUGUUGUUCGUUUUCUAAUCUCGAAUGUAUUAUACAAUAUGUCCUGUUGCCUGGCUUUCUGUAGAAAGGGUGUGGCGUUCUCUGCUAGCUAUUCUUCA